AUGCAAGAGGAGCCAAGGUCAAAGCAUGAUAAGAUCGAGAUGGAUGCGGAUGAGGAUGCAAUGCGUAUACCAACCUCGAUAUUGAUACAGGAUCCGCGUUAUCGCAUCAAGCCCAUGCAACAGGUCAUUUCGGCAUUGUUUGGUGGCCUCAUCACCACAUUUGUUGUGACACCGCUCGAGGUGGUCAAGACUCGUGUCCAGACACAGGCUCAGAAUGCGUCCAAGAAACGUAUGGUUGUAUCCAAAUUAUGCUAUGUUUUUCACAAUGGUCUCAUGGCGCAUGUUUGUAAACCGAAUGCCAAUGAUUGUGUGCAGAAACUUGGAGCCAAAGCAUCCAACUUGCGUCCACUGCGUGGUGCAAUGGAUGCCUUUGUCAAAAUAAUCUGCUCCAAUGGCGUCUCUGGCCUCUGGUCCGGAUUAAGUCCAACGCUCGUUUCGGCGCUGCCAUCGACAAUCAUCUAUUUUCUGACCUACGAGUAUCUGAAGCAAUCGUUUUCCAAUUUGUAUAAAUUUUGGCAAUCUCCCGACCAGCCGAUGCCUUCCAAUGUCAAUGCCACAGUCGAGGGCAAUAACUUGGUGACAACAAGCCAAGUUCCAUAUACAGCGCCAUCUAUUGUGCCCAUGGCAUCGGGAAUCUGUGCACGCACAGUGGUUGUGACUGCUAUCACGCCACUGGAAAUGGUGCGCAUUAAGAUGCAAUCGGGUUACAUCACAUACACCGAGCUGUGGGUGGUUAUUCGUUCGCUGAUUAAAUCCCAUGGCAUACUGGGACUCUGGCGCGGUUGGCCGCCCACUGUUAUGCGGGAUGCACCAUUUUCGGGUACUUAUUGGGCUGCCUACGAGUCCAUGAAACGUGUCUGCAACGUCACGGAGCCGACAUUCUGGUUUAGCUUUGUCACUGGAGCUGCAGCCGGCGCAUUAGCCACGUUGGUAACAAUGCCCUUCGAUUUGGUAACAACGCAUACACAAAUUGAGCUCGGACAAGAUGUGCUCUACUCGGAUUCAUCGGGUCAGGCUAAAGGUGGCGCCAAUGCAACCGCCGCCUCCUCUGCCGCUGCAACUGGUUCAGGCAAACAGUCGUCGGUGAUAUCACGCAUAAGCAUGAUUUAUCGUCAGCAGGGUAUAAGGGGUCUUUACGUUGGUGUCCUGCCACGUAUGUUGCGCGUGGUGCCAGCCUGUGCGAUUAUGAUCUCGACAUUUGAGUAUAGCAAGUCCUUCUUUUUCCACCACAACCUCGAUUUGCAAGAAGCCUCAUAUCGACGAGCUCAUUGACGCGCCAAGAAUGCCGGAGACAAAGUCACAAUUAAAUAAGAAUCCGCAUCCAAAUCCAAG